AUGUGGAGUAUCCGUAUUCGCGGGCCAGGUGGGAAGCAGGUCGUGCUUAAGGUCGAACCUGAGACCACUUUAAAGUAUUUAUCAGAACUGGCAUCAAAAGAGCUGGGCCUGAAGACCAAAGACCUCCUUACAUUUUGCACAGGGUUUCCACCUAAACCUGUGAAAGCGGACAGCUUGACACUGGUGAAUUCUGUCUUUGAGCCUAAUGACACGGUAGUUGUUGGCAAAACUUUGAAUACGGUGGAUGAUAUGCUUCCUGCGAACAAGUCUGCUUCUAGUGCUGCAAAGAUUACAAAAAGAUUCGUGAGACCAACUCCAAAAAAUUCCGAUGCUUUAGCAUCGAAAAGUGGAGUGCACACGUUGAAUCCGUCGACUAGCGCCAAGAAAAAAACUAUACCGAAGCGAAAAAUACCAGGUACUGGUCACCAGCUCGGAAGCUCAUUAGGAAAUAGCGAGUUUGAAGCUGCUGAGCUGGCUGGUGAAAAUGAAAGCGAACCGCAGCGUAAAUUUCGCCGUAGUAAAACUAUCAAUCUUACUUCCAAGGAGGAUGUCGAAGUUAAUUUGGUGAACGCUGUUAGUGGUCAAUCUCGCGAUCGUGCCGUAAAAUUUUUUCGAGCUGUGACAAGGAAUGCAGUGGAGCAUCAGUAUGAACUUACAUUGGCAACCGCGAGGUUAAAUGCAGCAUUGGCACAUAAUUUUGAGACUGAAGAACUUUUGACAAUUCGACGCGGUGAUGGAAGCGCGGCAAAGUUGCGUGUACGAUUUAAGGAGACACCGCGCAAAUGGAAGGAAGAAACAGUGGAUUUUUUGAAGAAAUACGAGCUGCAGGCCAUUUUAAAGUAUGUAUUGCUGUCAGGUGGUGAGACUGGUCGCGAAAUGCUGAAGCCAUUUAACAUGGCACAAGUGUCGACGAGAGUAUUCUGGAGCAUCGCGCACAUGUACGACGGGAAUGUAGCUGAAGGACUAGCAGACCUUGUCCCCGAUGAAGAUUGGUCGUUUAUUGACAUUCGUACCCGGGUUCUGUCCGAGAAGGCCACGGAGGCAAAGGCAAAUGAAGAACAGUAUAAGCUUUGGAAGCAAGGCAAGCAAAAGAAAAAGUGCGCAUCAUCUCCGAGUCCCAAAAUGAAAGGAGCUAUAGCAACAGAACGUCAAAAAAAUCUUUCUGUGAAAUCAUGUGAGGACGAGAAUGCCAGCCAUGAGCCCGUUGUAUCAAAAUGGACCUCAUCAGCUCAAACCCUUGCUCUGACUGCGAACGUAGCAACUUCAAGUAGUCCACGCACUGCAUCAGCUCGCGCUGCGUUGACUCGGUUUGACCGAAAUGCCCAGGCAAACGAUGUUGUAUCCGUUUUUAUUAAAAAAGAUACGACAAUCACUGAUAAAGAAAUUGGAGUCGAAGAAAAAGUAUCAGAAUACGACGUAGAAGUCGAGGAAGCAACAACCGUCUACUGCGAUAUCUGUGACAAAGCGCGCAUUCUAUCUAUCGCGGAAGCAGCAAAUGCUGAGCUGGAUAAAGAUCCAUGGACGUGUCUCAGCUUGGUAAAAGUUGGACGCACUGCUUCUAUCGUUACUAGAAGAGAACUGGCGGACGCUUCCGUAAAUGCAAUAGUGCAAUUUCUCGUAGAUCCGCUAGAUCCAUCAGCCCAGAUGGUGCAGGAGAAGCUGGAAAAGUUUAUUGAUGAGGCUCGUCUCGAUGAGAUUAAUGAAUGGAUGGCGGAACUAGUUGGCGAGUUUGAUUUAGUGCAACGCAGUUGGCAAUUCAACCAGUGUGUCUCUCGACGAAGUCAAUUCCUGGCAAACUCGGGCCAAUAG